AUGGAGAUGCUGGGGAUUACACUUGACCUCUAUACAUACAGUAUUUUGAUUAACUGUUUCUGCAAAUCCUCUCAACUCCCUCUUGGCUUUAGGUAUAAGAUGAUGAAACUUGGGUAUGACCCCAAUGUUGUCACGCUUUCUUCCCUACUCAAUGGAUACUGCCGCUGUAACAGAAUCUCCGAGGCAGUAGCUUUGGUUGAUCAAAUGGUGGAAACGGGUUAUCAACCUAAUACCAUCACCUUCAACAUGCUAAUCCACGGGCUCUUUCUCCACAACAAAGCUUCUGAAGCGGUGGCUUUAGUCGACCGGAUGGUUGCCAAAGGAUGUCAACCGGAUCUGUUUACUUAUGGUGUUGUAGUAAAUGGAUUAUGUAAGAGAGGUGAGAUUGAUUUGGCUCUAGAUCUGAUCAAGAAGAUGGACAAGUUGAAAUUUGAGGCGGAUGUUGUGAUCUACAGUACAGUCAUUGAUGGUCUUUGCAAAUACAAACACGUCGAUGAUGCACUCGACCUCUUCAGUGAAAUGGAGAAGAAAGGGGUUAGAGGGAAUGUUGUUACUUACAACUCCCUCAUUAGCUGCCUUUGUUGUUAUGGAAGAUGGAGGGAUGCGUCUCGACUACUCAAAGAGAUGAUUGAGAGAAAGAUAAACCCCACUAGAGUUACGUUCAAUGCAUUGAUAGAUUCGUUUGCAAAAGAGGGGAAACUCUUAGAGGCUGAAAACUCUUCUUACAUCAUUAUAUACAACCCUUAG